AUGUCUAUUCUUCUCUAUCUAUCUAUCUAUCUAUCUAUCUAUCUUAGACUUCUAUUCUUCUCUAUCUAUCUAUCUAUCUAUCUAUCUAUCUAUCUAUCUAUCUUAGACUUCUAUUCUUCUCUAUCUAUCUAUCUAUCUAUCUAUCUAUCUAUCUAUCUAUCUAUCUAUCUUAGACUGUUAAUAUUUAUCUCAAUCUGUUCUUAUCUAUGUAUUUCAGUCUAUUCUUCUCUAUCUAUCUAUCUAUCUAUCUAUCUAUCUAUCUAUCUAUCUAUCUUAGACUUCUAUUCUUAUCUAUCUAUCUAUCUAUCUAUCUAUCUAUCUAUCUAUCUAUCUAUCUUAGACUUCUAUUCUUCUCUAUCUUCUAUCUAUCUAUCUAUCUAUCUAUCUAUCUAUCAUUCUAUCUUAUUAUCUUCUAUUCUUCUCUAUCUAUCUAUCUAUCUAUCUAUCUAUCUAUCUAUCUAUCUUAGACUGUUAAUAUUUAUCUCAAUCUGUUCUUAUCUAUGUAUUUCUUAUCUCUAUUCUUCUAUCUAUCUAUCUAUCUAUCUAUCUUUAUCUAUCUAUCUAUCUAUCUAUCUACUGUUAAUAUUUAUCUCAAUCUCUUCUUAUCUAUGUAUUUCAGUCUAUUCUUCUCUAUCUAUCUAUCUAUCUAUCUAUCUAUCUAUCUAUCUAUCUAUCUAUCUAUCUAUCUAUCUUAGACUUUUUUCUAUUUAUCUCAAUCUCUUCUUCUUCUUAACUUGUAUUUCAGUCUAUUCUUCUCUAUCUAUCUUCUCUAUCUAUCUAUCUAUCUAUCUAUCUAUCUAUCUAUCUUCUUCUAGACUGUUAAUAUUUAUCUCAAUCUGUUUUUUAUCUAUGUAUUUCAGUCUAUUCUUAUCUAUCUAUCUAUCUAUCUAUCUAUCUAUCUAUCUAUCUAUCUAUCUUAGAUCUUGGAAAUAUUUAUCUCAAUCUCUUCUUCUAUCUCAUUCUAUAUCUAUGUAUUUCUAUCUAUUCUUCUAUCUAUCUAUCUAUCUAUCUAUCUAUCUAUCUAUCUAUCUAUCUAUCUAUCUUAUGUUAUUUAUCUCAAUCUCUUCUUAUCUAUGUAUUUCAUUCUAUCUAUCUCUUCUCUAUCUAUCUAUCUAUCUAUCUAUCUAUCUAUCUAUCUUAUUUCACUUCUAUUCUAUUCUUCUCUAUCUAUCUAUCUAUCUAUCUAUCUAUCUAUCUAUCUAUCUAUCUAUCUUAUCUACUGUUAAUCUAUUUAUCUCAAUCUGUUCUUAUCUAUGUAUUUCAGUCUAUUCUUCUCUAUCUAUCUAUCUAUCUAUCUAUCUAUCUAUCUAUCUAUUAGACUGUUAA